AUGUAUGUGCACGGGGAGGUGACCGACCCCCGGGACGACACUACGCUCGUCGUUGAAGAAAUUGUUCGCACACAAACGAUAGAGAUUAAGUUCAGCAAUGUCAGGCGAAAAGUUGACUCGUCGCGUCCACGGUCACAGAUAGUGCGUACGGUCCAGCAAGCAGCGAAACGAGGCUCGCGGUUCCUGACGCCGGAAGAUGUGAUCUCCCUUAUCAAGUACGAUCGCGCGAAAGUCAACACAUUGCGCACGUACCUGGCGUUCCGCGACGCUCAGAAAUCCGCAAAGAAGAGGGACCCGAAUGAUGUUAUCGAUAUUGCAGAGGGAGAGGAUGAUACCGACGGAAACAACCCGGAGUUGCUUAAGGGAAAGUUGAAAUUCUCAUGGGACUUGAUCAACUACUAUGGCACCGUGCUGGAGGAUGACGAUGAAGACGACGAUGAUGAGGACCAGCAGAUGGCAGAUGACUUGCAGCAAGCUCGGUUGAAGGAAGCAGAUGAAGUCACACGGAGGAUGACAAAGGAGGAAUACAUGUACUACUCUGAAUGUCGGCAAGCUUCGUUCGUAUUCAAGCGUCUUCAGCGGUUCAAGAAAUGGUCUGAACUGGGAAAAUACUACGAAAACAAACCCAACGGCGAUGUAAUCGACAUCUGGGGUUUCCUUGCCUACGAAAUGGUGCGCAAGCUCACAGAGAUGGCCCUCGAAGUCAAAAAGCAGUGGGACACCAACCGCGUCGACGAGAUCGAGCACGAGCAGCGGGAGAUGGAGAAGAAGAAUGUCGGGCUGUUUGCGAAACCGACGAAUGUGCAGAAACCCCUGCAGCCGGGACAUAUUCAUGAGGCUUUCAGGAGGCUGCAGAAUGUGACUCCGAGUGUUAACAACUUUAGGGGCGACUUUGCGAGAACGACUUUGGCGUUGAUUUAG